UUUGAGGUUGUAGAAGAGUAUUUACUAUGAACAUUCAAGAAUUGUUUUUGCUGGCGUUAAUGCCUGUUCUGAAAACGCUGUUGAUUGCGGUUGUUGGCUUAUAUCUUGCCUUGGAUCAUGUGAGUAUUUUGACUGCAGAAGGACGGCACCAUCUGAACAAUCUUGUAUUCUACGUCUUCUUUCCAUCACUUUGUGCUAGUGGUCUCAUCAGUUCAAGUACAGCAACGGGAAUAUUUUCUUUGUGGUUCGUCCCCGUGAGUAUUCUUAUUACCUUUCUUGUUGGAUCAGCUCUCGGGUGGAUACUUGUCAAAAUCACUAGAACGCCUCAGCAUUUGCACGGCCUUGUUAUUGGCUGUUGCGCGGGAGGAAACAUGGGGAACUUGCCUGUCAUUAUCAUCCCAGCCAUCUGUGCCGAGAAAAACAAUCCGUUUGGAGAUUCAUCUACAUGCUCGAUAAAUGGGAUGGGCUACGUAUCUCUCUCUAUGGGGAUAGGAGCUAUUGGCAUUUGGUCGUAUGUAUAUAAUAUCAUACGGGCAUAUGGAAAAAGGGAUGAUGGGGAUGUCUCAGCCUACUCCAAAUUAAGAGAAAAUAGUCACACUGAAACGUCAAAACGAGCCUUGGAUAGUACUACACAAACAUUGCUACCAAGUAGCAAUUCGAAAGGUGAUGAAGUUUCAGCUGAGCUUAUUUACCAAAGAUCCAUGGACGAAACCAAGGUCUCGAUACCUACUAUCAUUGAGAAGAAGGUGAAGUUGUUGGCGGAAUAUAUCGACCUGAGUGUUCUUUUCAGACCACCUACAGUUGCAACGGUUAUUGGCAUUAUCAUUGCUUCAAUCUCUCCCAUCCAAAAUUUCAUGGUUGGCUCUGGUGCUCCACUUCGUUUCGUUGAGAGUUCUGUUGUUUUGCUAGGGGAGGCAGCAAUUCCAUCCAUGACUAUUAUAAUGGGCGCGAAUCUUCUAAGAGGUUUCAAGCGAUCAGGAGUGGGAAUCUGGCUUCUUUUCGGGAUCAUUGUUGUUCGAUUCGUUAUCUUGCCUAUCAUCGGUGUGGCUGUUAUUACAGUUGCAAAAAAUCUAGGCCUGGUGGGAACAGAUCCUUUAUAUCACUUUGUUCUUCUGCUUCAAUACGCAGUUCCACCUGCAAUGGCUAUAGGUACCAUCACACAGUUGUUUGAAAUUGGUGAAACUGAAUGUUCUGUUAUCAUGUUCUGGAAUUAUGCUGUGGCAGCAGUUGCUCUGACCCUUUGGUCCACAUACUUCAUGUAUAUUUUGUCCUGAUCAGUACUUUUUAUCCGACGGGAGCCUUGACGC